AUGACCAAGGCCCCUUUCUCUGUAGAGUGGCUUUCCCAGAGCAGCCAGGACACCUAUGAACCACAGCAAAGGCCCAGUAGCUACGGAGAAGGCACUCAGGGCAGGACUUUUGCAUCACAUGGAUUGCUCACCCGGAUCGAAAAUCCAGUCUGCAACUCCAAAACAAACCCACAACCGCACCAAACCGCAAGCCAAACAGGGAAGACGGGUGAACGUAUAAAGACCCCGGACACCUCUUCUAAGAACGACCCCAGGAGUGAGAAGCUUUUGGAUUCUUCCUCUAUAGCAGCAGCACCAGCCGCAGCCAAGCGGGCGUGGAGCGCCGCGGAGUCCGGUUCCGACUGGGAGAGCGGCCGCUCGGAGUGCCAGUCCCCCGAGGAGCCCGGCGGCAGGGGCAGCCGCCGCUUGCGCACCGCCUUCAGCGUGGAGCAGAUCAGCACCCUGGAGAGCUCCUUCAAGCGCCACAAGUACCUGGGCUCAGCCGAGCGCCGCAAGCUGGCCGCCAAGAUGCAGCUGUCGGAAGUGCAGAUCAAGACCUGGUUCCAGAACCGGCGCAUGAAGCUGAAGCGGCAGCUGCAGGAGAUGAGGCCGGAGCCCUUCUACAGCCCCGUCCCCUUCGGAACCCGGGCCGGGACUCUGCCCCUGCACUACGUCUACCCGGCUCAGCAGCAGCUCCUGGCUCACCUCCCCAGGCAGGAGGCCGUACCCGCCAGCUUCGCCUUCCCAGCACUGCCAGCCUCUGCCCUGAGCCCCGCCAGCACGUUCCGGGGGGAGCCUGGCUUUUGGCAGGCGCCCUGCUUUGUGGGCUACAGAGACUCCAGGGCCUUCUUGCUGCCCAUUUGA